AUGUGGACAACCAUGCACCCUCGACCACUGUGGAAACAUGUGGAGAUGCCAGAGGCGUCACAAAGGGACACCAAGAUGCCACUUCAAGCAAUCCAACAGAAGUGGCACAUGGCUGGCCAGGAGCCACUUAACACCUCAACAAAUUCUUUCCUUUGUGGCAUUUUGGAUUAUAUUGAAACCUCCACGUCAGGCCAUUCUUAUUUCAAACCGAUUGGAGGUGUCGGGAAGAUUGUGGAGAUUGACGAGGCAGUAUUUGGGAAGCAAAAAGACCGCCUAGGGCGCACAUUGGAAGUGCAGUGGGUAUUUGGUGGAGUAGAGCGGGGCCUCUCUUCUUCCAAAUUCUUCCUCCAGCCCGUUGCACAAAGAGAUGCUGACACCUUAGUAACCAUCAUUCUGCGCUGUAUUCUUCCUGGCACCACAAUCAUGUCUGAUGGCUGGAAGGCAUAUGCAAGGCUUAAUGAAAAAGGGUACAGGGUAAACCUCAACAAUGAACCCCAUUGGAAUGUUGAUUUCAGCCGAGACAAGGAGAAUAUCCCACCCCGCAAUUAA